AUGGGUCUCGCUCCUAUCGCCAUCAUUGUCAUCGUCCUGGUUGUGUGCCUCGCCAUCACAGCGCUCGGGGCUGGCCUGUUUCAUCGUCUCAACCCUACGGAAACUAGUAUCCAACACAAUGCUAUCUUUCAGCAACAAAUAUAUAUGCGAGCAGUGAGGUUGCGAAAUUACAACCUUCUAAGAAAGGAGGCCCGGACUGUAGCAAAAGACCUUGAGUCACGAUGUACGUUGCCAAAUCAUUUUAUGACUGAUCAACCACUCUUUCGUUCCGCUGAUCACCCAAGGACGUGGUCGAACAUAUCACCAAGUCCCGAGAUUCUGCCAUUUAUAUGCGCCAAAUUGGCAACUGAUGAACCUCUAUGUGGAACUUUCAUGAGUUUUUUAAGAAGAAAGAUAGAAAUAUGUCUUAUAUCAACAGUACUGGGUAGCUUCUUCAAAUGA